AAGGACAGAAUUAUAGGAAUAUUUAAAUUAUUAUUUCAAUGAAGGUCUAUCAAAUGUGUUUUUAUGAUACUAAUCUUUAUCAGGGAAACCCCCUUUUGUUGUUAACACUUGUAAACAGUAAGGUGGGCACACUUUAUCAAACUGGCCAAUGGGGAUUUGCAUUGUGCAGACCACAGAAAUGCUGACGUAUCACGACAGUUACAGAUCUUUUACAAUGGCCAAAGUCCUCACAGCAGGUUUUCUCUCUGAGCUGAACAUUGCAAGCUUGUUUGUUUUUUUCGAGAGAGGCUUCACCAAGGCCCCUGAACUGUCUUAUCUACACAGAGAUAAACCUUACUGCAAAAGAAAUGACUGCCAUUUGCUCCAACGAGAUAUCAAGAUGAAGACGCAGUCGGCCAGCCUUCGGCUGAAGUUACCAUUGUUUGUUUUUGUUAUAGAGGUGGUUAUGGUCACCUUGUAUGCUGCUUUUGUCACCUACGAUGAGCAUGCAGACGCCAGAUUUCAGACUAACAAGACCAACCCCAUGGACAAUGCAGUGUACAAGGACUACCCUUUUUUUACCGACAUACAGGUCAUGAUAUUCAUCGGCUUUGGCAGCCUACUGGCUUUUUUCCGAUUGUAUGGCUUUGGAGGGAUGGUUUUUAACUUCCUCACAGCUACUUUUGCAAUCCAGUGGGCCAUUUUGGUGCAGGGAUACUUCCAGUUCAGCCAUGACGGUAAGAUCCACCUCGGAGUGAUCAACCUUAUAAAUGCAGAGUUCGCCUGUGCUGUGGUGCUGAUAUCUUUCGGGGCAGUGCUGGGAAAGACCAGUCCAUUGCAACUUCUGGUCAUGGCCUUGUUGGAGGUGCCGGUGUUUGCUGUAACAGAAUGGGUUGUGCUCAAGUAUCUGAAGAUCAAUGAUGCUGGAGGUUCUAUUCUCAUCCACCUCUUUGCAUGUUAUUUCGGCUUGGGCGUGACUUUUGUUCUGUACAGGCCUUGCUUAAAUGAGGGCCAUGCAAAGGAGAACACCAGCUACCAGUCUGACAUCCUCGCCUUGAUGGGGACUUUGUUUCUCUGGGUGUUCUGGCCUUCCUUCAACUCAGCAUUAGCCCUGAAAGGAGACGACCAGCACAGAGCCAUCCUGCACACCUUCAUCGGCCUCAGCGCCUCCACGCUCACAGCUUUCGCUCUCUCUGCCAUGCUGAACAAGAACGGUAAGCUCACCAUGGCCGAUAUUCAGAAUGUGACCCUGGCUGGAGGCGUGACUGUUGGAGCAUCUGUGGAUAUGAUGAUAACUCCUGCAGCUGCAUAUGCUUUGGGUAUGAUGGGCUGCACAGCCUGCAUGCUGGGAUAUAAGUACCUGAGCCCCUUCCUAGCACGGCGCUUCAGGAUCCAGGAUCAGUGUGGGAUACACAAUUUGCACGGUCUAACAGGACUUAUAUCUUGUGCUGCAGGGAUAUGUGCAAUACUGAUGGCUAGUGAGGAGGUUUAUGGCCCCAGUUUCUAUGAGAUCUUUGCUCAUAGAGCGCCAGUGGAAGGAGACCCAAAGCUGCAGGAGCUCCAGAUGUUGAUUCCAGGUUUACAGCCAGGGUUGGGGAGGACAGCUCAGGAACAGGCUCUCUUUCAGGUUGCAGCUGUGGUCUCCACCAUUGGAGUGUCAGCGUUUGGUGGACUCCUCACAGGCUGCGUUUUGAAGAUGCCCUACCUCUCACCUCCAUCAGAUGAUUUGUGUUUUGACGAUGAGCUGUUUUUUGAAGUCCCUCCUGACUAUGACUCACCCCUUAGACUGAAAAACAUAGUGACAAUGAAUGAUUCAACUGACUAACUGCAAAAGAAUUGUGUGACUAUUUGAAAGGUUUAUAUUCAUUACAAUGUAAAUAAGUUGACGUCAAUGAUAAUCAUUUUUAUCAUUGAUAUCAGUCCAGCACUGUUGAAUAAAUCUAGUAGUGGUGUUAUUUAUUGUCCUACAGGCACAAAUGUAACAUAAUGAAUGUUAGGGCACUCAUGGGCAAUUCUAAUCAAGUACCUGGAGUAAAAUAAUUAUUUUUAAAGGGAUGACUUAUUGAGCCAUGUCAUUGCCUACAUGUACCAAGAUCAUCUAAUGCAUUUCUUUAGAUUCCCAUGUGUUGCCAUUGUUUACUGCCAGAUCAUUAACAAGUGAGAAUGCUGAGCUGAUUGAGAGCUGACAUUUUAGAGUGGCUUGUAAUCUGCAGUUGAAUGCAGAUAUGUGUUUAAAAACAUUUAAUAAAGCUAAAUUG